AUGGCUGCGAGCAGUUGGUCGGCCCAGGCGCUGGCGCUCACCAAGAAAAAUCUGCUGCUCCUGAAGCGCCGGAAACGACAAACCCUGGCUCAGCUUUUAAUUCCACUCUACAUGGCGGGUGUGACCUGCCUCAUCAAUCUCGCCGUGACGACGUCGAAGCAUCCUGCUGUCAAUGACUUUACUCCCAUGCCAAUGUUGCAAGAGCUCAACGUCGCCCCCAACCUAACUUUGGCCUACUUCCCCUUGAGCGCUGCACAGCUGACGGAUAAGGUCCAGCAACACCCUUAUCUGACCGACCUCCAACUGACUACGCAAGGCUUUGCCUCGAGCGAUGCUUUUGAGUCUUGGUACCGUCAGAAUUCAGACGGCCUCUUCGCGGCCCUCGACUUGAAUCAAGCCUUGGACGCUCAGCACAUUGAAAUCUACAUGAAGACCGGUCGCGGCAUGGCCCAUGUUCCCUCAGCCUCUCGCACAUGGGACUCUCCGGCCAGUUGUCACAAUCUCAGCCCAGACAUGGAAGCGUGUGGAUCGGACGGAUAUUUGGACACUGGUCUUUUGCAGCUGGAAGCCGCCUUAUUCGAAGUGCUGCACAACAUUACGGCCCCCGAUCUCGCCAAUAUGACGAUUGCCAAAAUGCCCAUCCUCGAGUUUGUGGACAACUCGAAAGCACAGGUCUACGCGCCCAUAACGGUCAUUUUUUGCAUCAUGGCUACUAGUCCCUUAAUUCAGUACCUAAUGAUCAACGUUGUCGCUGAAAAAGAGCUGGGCAUCAGAAACGCGCUGCUCAUUAUGGGCAUGCGCAAAUCAGCCUACCUCGUCUCCUGGCUGGCCUCGUAUUUUUUGCAAAACGCCGUUUCAAUCGCUCUGCAGACGACGAUUUUGUGUCUUGGCAACGUAUUUAGCGCCUCGGCUUGGAUUCCCGUCUUUUUGCUACUUUUUUGCUUUGCCAACUGCUUGGCUACCUUGGGCCUGGUAUUUGCUCCCUUUUUCACAGACAAGCGAGUUGCUGGAGCUGCGGGUAGUCUCGGCAACACCAUCUUCUCCUUGAUCAUCUUUGGAGUUAAGAACGUCACCGUUCCAGGGACAAAGUGGGCCAUAUCUGUGCUUCCUCCCUGCGCCAUCAGCUUGGGUCUGACGACGGCUCUCAAUGAGGACCAAUUGCACGGCCUCUCUGUAUCCACCAUGUCUCGUGGCGAGUUUUCUGUGGGCAGUGCCAUUAUAAUGCUGAUUUUGGACACUGUUUUCUACUUUGCGCUUGCCUACUACUUGAACGAAAUUGUGCCAGGCAAUGGGCAACGCAAGCCCUGGAAUUUCAUGUGCGCGCCAGCCACUCCCAGCGAUUUCCUCAUAACGUAUUGCUCCACAGACUAUUUCGAUGCGGGCGAAGAUGUUGAGGCCCGCUUGGAUGGGGCACGAGAAGAUGAAGCCGUUUACAGCUCGCUAUCCCCGGGACUCGUCAUAAAGAAUCUCGGAAAAAAAUUUCGUUCAGCUGAUCGGCAAGACAACCUUAUGCAACAUCAUCACUGGCCUCGAGACCCCAAGCAGGUUUUCGGCGAAUCCUCCAUGGAGCACACCGCAGCUGUGGGUGUCUGUCCACAAAAAGACAUUCUUUUUGACGUAUUGACUGUCUCGGAACACGUCGAGCUCUUUGCCGCCAUCAAAGGAGGCUUUCACGGUGAAGACAGCGCCGCAUCCAGUACUUUUGCUAGUCCAGAGGCGAUGCUCAAUGAGAUUGAUCUACUGGACAAGGCCGAUGCUCCCGUGACGACUCUCUCUGGUGGCCAGAAGCGCAAGCUUUGCGUGGGGCUUGCCCUUGUUGGAAAUCCUCGACUCCUCGCGUUAGACGAACCAUCGUCAGGUAUGGACCCAGCAUCGAGGCGUCAAUUGUGGAGUGUUCUGCAAAAGUAUCGACAUGGCCGAGUCACGCUACUCACUACCCACUACAUGCAGGAGGCUGAUGUCUUAGGAGACCGAAAAGUUGUUCUUUCUCGCGGCCAUGUCCAAUGUGUUGGCUCUAGCCUCUUUUUGAAGAAGAAUUUCGGCGUUGGGUACCACAUCGAUGUCACGGGUUGUCAAGCCACACGCAUCAAUUCGGAGGUAUUAGGCCAAGCAUUUCCAGCGUUGCGUGUGGAACUUGCUCGUAAUGCCCGCUCAGGAACCAUCACCGUUCCAAAUGCACAACUUCGUGCUCUUCCUGAAAUCCUUGAACAACUUGAGGCUAACGCUUCGACUUAUGGCUUGACAAGCUUUGGAUUGCGCAUGACAACUCUUGAAGAGGUGUUUUUGGAGCUCGAGAAACGCGAGAACAACGAGGUGGCUACUGAAUCAGAAAAGCUUUCCCCUCGGCUCGCAAAGCCGAGUGCAUCACUGAAUAACGGGCAAGCUGGCAACAUUCAACGCGAGGAUUUGACUUUGCCACUCUUGAACGAGCAAAGUGCGGCUGGUUUCUCCGAGUCAUUUCCGUCUGCCUUCCGAGGCAUGCUUAAGCUACGUUUGCUUCAAUCGGCUCGCGAGUGGCGUGCUCUCAUCUUUCAAGCCGGGCUUCCCAUCCUUUUGAUGAUCAUUGCGUUGACCGUUGUGGAGAAGCCACAGUCAUCAACGGACCAACUUUUACAGGGCAGCAGCUACAACUACACACUUGAUUCGCUGGCUGAUGCAGAUCAUCCACUGAGCACGACCUUGCCUCAAGGGGGAAAUGCUCAUUUUCUAACUGCUGCAGCUUUGAACUCCUGUGGCUCGCAGAACUCAUUCACGACGCGAAGCACCUCGUCAGAUUUUAUUUGGACGGGGCCAAAUAGCAGCUUCUUUGAAACUUUCAAUGCCAGCCUGAUUGGCGUGAAUUCGGAAGCCAACCAGACAACAUUGUACUACAAUGCAUCAGCCGUGCAUAUGCUUCCAACCGUGAUGCAGCUGCUGUACAACUCGCGGGCCAGUAGUCAGACGACAAAGUCCCCCUCAUACUGCACAUCCCUUCGAGGCCUACCCACCAACGAGGCUUAUACUUGGGAUGCUUCAGUUUACUACACUGUACUUUUGAUCGGAAUUGCUCUCAGUGCCAUUCCCGGCGGCUUUGCCGUCCCAGUCGCUCAGGAUAAACACUCGCGCAUGCGCCAUUUACUGUUCGUAUCAGGAGUGACCAAACUACAGUACUGGGGCGCCUUUUUGCUGGUUGACUGUGCAAUUUUCAUGGUGCCUGUGCUCGCCGCCGUCAUCCUCGCAUUGGCAAAAAACGUAACUGCGAUUAUUGGCCCGGCUCUGCCCGCCUUUAUUCUCGCCGCACUGCUAUACAUUCCUGUCAGCAUCCUAUUCUCCUUCAACAUGAGUCGCCUCUUUCCUGAUCCAGAGACAACGCAGUCCAUGUGGCCCGUGAUGAACAACUUCUUGGGCUUCAUCCCAUACGUUAUUGUGGGAGUGGUGGACGGCAGCUCUUCUGCCAACGUUGCUCGCAUCAUUCAUUACUGUUUUUCCGCCUUGGACCCAGCAUACACCUUCUCAGGCACGCUGUACUACAUGUUUCGACUCAAGACCGCCAAUGAUGCACAGCUUGAUGCCUCUUCUUUGCAAGCGGUGGACUAUUUUAAGAUUGAAAACGUUGUACUUCCGACCAUUCUCAUCACCCUUGGACACCUUGCUUUGCAAGCUGCUUUGCUCUGGUGGCAAGAACGGAUCAUCAGCGGCGAUAAUGCUGCAAUUACUGAUGAGGAGCGCAAGCUCUUUCUCAAGGCAGAGGACGUUCAAAUGGAGCAUGACAUCACUUUGAGCAGCACGGAUCGAAGUCUCCGUGUUUGUGAUGUGUAUAAGCGCUACGGAACUUCAUCUGGGUCCUUCAAAGCCGUCAAUGGCGUGUCCUUCUCCGUGGAAGCCGGAGAAGUUUUUGGGUUGUUGGGCCCGAACGGGGCUGGAAAAACCACAACUAUUGCGAUGUGUUCGGCAGAAGAAGCUCUGACCGCUGGUGACAUUGCAAUUGGCAAUCACAUGGUUUCGCUUGACCCUAAGGCUGCAUUUAAGGACAUGGGCCUCUGCCCGCAGUUUUCGGCGCUUUGGAAAAAUAUCACUGUUGGCGAGCAUCUUGAGUUUUUUGCCAGUGUCCAUGGCUUACCGCGCAACGCUCCAAGGGACUGGUUGGAGUCGAUGGGCAUUGCAGAAUACGAGCACUAUCAGGCAAAAACCUUGUCUGGGGGCACACAACGCAAGGUUUCCUUGGCUUUGGCUCUGAUUGGCGAGCCGAAAGUGGCAUUACUUGACGAAGUGUCGACGGGAUUGGACCCGGGCAUCAUGGUUUUUGGAGAGCUCAAAACUGUUGGUACAACUCAGGCUCUUAAUCUUAAUUUGUCAUCCGACUUUGCGCUCACUUUGCAGCAUUUGAUCACACGUUUCGGGGAUGGCUACAUGAUUGAUAUCCAAGCACGGUCGGAAGAGGCGGUGGAAACAGUGCUCGCCGUACUGCGCGAGAAGCAUGAUACUGAGCUCAAGCUCAAGUAUGGAAGCUUUGUACAACUCUUGAUUCGACUCAAAAGCAGCGAAUUACCAGACUUCUUGCGCAUCUUCAAUACCCUUGUCAAGGAGGGCACUGUUGCACACUACGGUGUCUCACAACCUUCACUUGAACAGGCUCCAGGACGUCUGGAGGCCAGUUUUGGGUUGCGAGGAAGGAAAGUGCCACCUGUGCCCGACACGUGCCCGCUCUGCAGCAACAAGACACCUCAGCCGCGACUGACCCGCGAGCACCUGUUGACCUGCCGUCCCAUCAAGCGUCACAACGCCCUUCGCGACGAGAUGGGCCGCCUGCUCAGGUACGCCACCCUCUCCCAUGUCUGGGUGGAAAAGUCUGGCUACAACGCCAACGGUCAGAGCUGCCGCAUCGACCUGCACUGCCGCAACCCCUUUCCCGGCGGUGCUCUGGGCCCAGCUCUGCCCGACCUGGGCAUUGACGUGACUGUGCGCACAGCCCAACCCCCGACCACCUCGCAAGCCUGCAUCAAGGUGGGCGCUGCCCUUCGCCGAGCCGAAAAGGAGAAGCGCGAGUACUACACCGGUUUCAACCAUGGAAAAACUCUGAUCGUCCCUGCGGCGAUGACGACAACCGGUGGGUUCGCCUCCUCCUUUGUGGAUCUGCUUGGUCAGCUCGCCCGCUGCGCCGAGGCCCGUGGUGUGUACCAGCCGGGGCUGGAUGAGGCCUUUGUUCCUCGGUGGAAGGGUCGCUUUGCGGCGCUGGUCCAUCAGAUGAACGCUGACCACAUCCAGCGCCACUUUGGCGGUGUCUGCCUGCGCUCGUCGUAG